AUGAAAGCUAGAUUGAGGACCAAGGUUUGGUGGCCUAGGUAUGACAAAGACGCUGAAACUUUAGUGAAGACCUGCAAAGGAUGUACGUUAGUAUCAGCUCCAAACCCUCCAAACCCUCUUAAGCGACGAGAAUUACCGAAUGAACCUUGGAUAGACAUAGCCAUCGAUUUAAUGGGACCUCUUCCAAGUGGAGAUUUCAUACUCGUCGUUGUGGAUUAUUUUAGUAGAUAUAAAGAAAUAAACAUUACUCGAAAAAUCUCCAGUUUAGACGUUAUACAAAUCCUAAAACAGAUAUUCAGUCGGUUAGGAAAUCCAGCAACUAUAACUGCGGAUAAUGGGAGACAGUUUUGUAGCCAAGAGUUUAAACAGUUCUGUAAAGAUAGCAAUAUAACUCUCUUCAAUUCUGUACCCUAUUGGCCACAACAAAAUAGGGAAGUCGAGCGUCAGAAUCGCGAUAUUUUAAAACGACUGAAGAUUAGUCAAGUAGAAAAGAGUAAUUUGAAAGAGGCUUUAGAGGAAUACUUAACCAUGUACAACAGUACACCACAUAGCGUAACUGGCAGACCGCCUGCAGAAUUAUUCUUUAAAAGACAAUUCCGUGACAAAAUUCCAAUGAUAAGCGACCUUAGUCGUCGCUUAGAAGACUCUGAAAUAAGAGAUAUGGAUAAGCAAAAGAAACAGCUUGGAAAAGAGUAUGCAGAUGAAAACCGAAAAGCUAAAGAGUGUGAUUUAGUACCGGGAGAUAAGGUGUAUUUAAAAAAAUUACAUAGAGAUAGCAAAUUAAGCCUCAAUUAUAAUCCUGUUCCCCAUACCGUAGAGAAAAGUAUCGGCGGAGAUAUUGAAGUUCGAAAUGAUUUAACGGGACAAAUAUCAAGACGAAAUGUAAUUCAUUUAAAAAGAAUUGAGGGACACUGGCGAGUUCUAAAUGACAAAGAGAAGGAAUUAGAGCAUGCAGAAGAAACAAAUAAUGGAAAUAAGGAAGAUAAUUAG